AUGUGCGAUGUGCUCGGCCCGCCCCAGCUCAUUUGCAUCUUCCAGCGAUACGAUGUUUACAGGAAUCGCGGCUCCGUCUUUGUGUUCGGAAUUGAUAAAGUCAACCAACAGUUCAGCUGCUUGCGAAUUCCCCGCGCAGUUCAGUCUGAAGAGCCACCUACUCCGCUCGAACUGUCGGAAGGUGAACGAUGCUAUCCCUUGGAACAGAUGCAGGAACACCGAAGGCAGCUUCCGCACUUGGAGGAGGUGAGCCGGUGCACGAAUAUGUCGUGGUCAUGCCUUGCUCAUCAAAUAGUACUGAGACAUACUGAGACCAUCUGA